AUGCCGCGGUUAAUGGAGGAUUUGAUCCGCAAGCGCGCGGAGCACAACGACGGUAUUCUCCCGGAUCUGGAAGAAAUCGCGCUGCACCAGGAGGAAAUCGAGAAAAUUGAGUCCUUGGAACAAUGCUGCCGGCACUUGAAGAUUUUGCUGUUACAGCACAACGCGAUCUCGAAGAUGGAGAACUUGGGCAAGCUGAAGGAGCUGGAAUACCUGAAUUUGUCGCUGAACAAUGUCUCCAAGAUCGAAAACAUCGAGGGCUGCGAGUCGCUGAAAAAGUUGGACAUGACCUUGAAUUUCGUCGAUUUCGACGAGCUACAGGAGUCGCUGGAGUGUAUGGAGGGCUUGGAAUUCUUGGAAGACCUGUACCUGUUGGGUAACCCGUGCACCGAUUUCCCGGGGUAUCGGAGCUACGUGGCGGCCAAACUGCCGCAACUGCAGCAGCUGGAUGGUAUAAGUGGUUUUAGUAUAAUCGCACAGUAAUUCGUUGCUACAAGUACAACAUGAUAUUGCAUCGCAACAACAUUUUCCUCUGGUGCAUGAAUGCAUGACAAACCUAAUGCAACCGCGAUUGCGCCGCGAUCGAAGCCAUCGUUAUUCAGGUAAGCCUAUCGCCCCGCAGGACAAGAUCCAGGCCGCGCAAGAGCUGCCAGUGUGGGAACAGCUGGUGCUGAAAAAAGCCGCAGAUGUUGCGGAGGACAAACGGCAGAAGAAAGAAUCCGGCUACGUCCCACCGGAAACGGCCCAUGCACCGGAGACCAGGUUGCAGAUGGCUCGGGAUCUGGCGGCCCAGAAGGCAGAGAAGGAGAAAAACGAGAAGCGCCGAACCGGGACGGAAAAAAAGGAGGCGAGAGAGAUACCGGGCGCGUACACGGCCAGAGGGGACAUCAGGCAGUGCAACGAAGGUACAGCAUUUUUUGAAAUCAGCAUUGAGACCAGCAAGAUUAACAUGCUGCCAAACUACGCAAGUAAGUGCCUACACCUCGACGUCGAGGUCGACUCGCGUCUACAGCAUGACAAGCUGCGCAGCGGUCCAAAAAGUAUAACACGGAUCUUUUCUAUCGCAUCCUUCCACAUCCACACUACAGGCAAAUACCGAUUUCGGAUGGACGAGGAAAAAACCGAAGUGGUGUUUGAGCUGGAGACGCCAAAGCAUCUCGAAACCGGUCUGAUAGACGUGGACGUGAACCCAUGGUACAAAGAAGAAGUAAUGUUGAGUCGUUAUCGUUUCGCAAUUUGGAUGACAAGUUAUGUGGAUUUUGGGUGUUUUUGGCAACUUGGUCCGCAAGAUCAAGAUGAGCAUUAGCAGAAAUCUCGACCAAACACUAAAAAAGGUACAUCCGCGUGAUUUGCAAGGAAAAACUGACUCAGUUGAAGCUCCCCGAGGAGGUCAACGUCUCUGAAACGACCGUGCAGCGGAGUAAGACGACCGGAUUUCUGAAGAUUAAAAUGCCCAAGGCAAAUUCCCAACUCUCCAAAGCGGGCGAGGAAGGAACAAGCGGAUGGGGAACUUCGUCUUCCUCAUCAAGCAAGAACAAGUCAACCGAGCCGGAGCUGCAGCCGUUGCAGCCAGAGGGUAACGAGGAAGAGAAUGCGCCAGGUGCGAAAGGCGCGAGUACCGCUGCGGGCACCGGGUUGUCGAGUGACGAAAACUCGAAGCGACGCGUCGACACAACGUCUUUGGUGGACAAACCGAAGGGCGGUGAGCAGGGUGAGAAGAAGAAAAAGAAGGCCUACAAUUUCAACCUGUUUGAACUACACAGGGAUCCGAUUCAGAGAAGCGACCACGAUAGGACGAAAGGGGGAGGUAGUACGACCACGGGAAAGAAGUCGUCCGCGGAGGUGAGUGAUGUAGCGCUGGUGGAGGAGGUGAGAUGA